AAUUAAUACAGAGCCUCAAAUGCAGCAAAUUAGGCAUAUUGCUGUAGCAAUAAAUGUGUCAUUCAACCUAUUCGCAAACACCACUCCAAAGAAACAGAAGCAAAACUCUAGUAUUUGAAGCAUUAUAUAUAUCCCAUCCUAAAAUCUGCAUUCGCUAGUAACAGAAAACAAACUUUCAUUCUCCAACCGCUAAUCUCUCAUUUGGAAAUCGCAUUAUUUUAGGCGCUCAAAGGUUUUAGGAAUCUCGAGACCAUGGUUUCACCAUUGUCUGCUUGGCCAUGGGAAUUCUUGGGUAACUACAAGCUUGGUGUUUAUGGGGUUUUCCUGGGGAAAGCAAUAUAUUCAAGAUUUCAAGAAGAAGGCAUGAAACAGACUAAUUGGUUUCUUCACAUCUUCAUCAUAUGUAUGCUGAGACUCUUUGUGCACCAGCUAUGGAGUUCUUACAGCAGCAUGCUCUUUCUCACUCGCAACCGACAGAUUAACAAGCAAGGAAUUGAUUUCAAACAGAUUGACAAAGAAUGGAACUGGGAUAAUUUCAUUAUUCUUCAAGGCAUCAUUGGUGCUCUAGUGUUGUACAUGUUCCCAACUUUUGAAAGACUAUGUAUAUGGAACAAAAAUGGGCUGAGUGCAGCACUGGUUCUUCACGUAUCUAUCUCGGAGCCUCUUUUCUACACCAUUCACAGAUGCUUUCAUGGAGAUUAUCUCUUCAGUCGCUAUCACUCUUUCCACCACUCUUCCCCUGUACCACAGCCCCUUACAGCUGGAAAUGCCACAUUCUUGGAACAUCUUUUGCUGACUGUCGUAGUUGCAGUGCCAAUUAUCGGUACUUUUGCAAUUGGCCAUGGAUCCAUAAGCUUGAUCUACGCCUACCUUCUGUUGUUCGACUGUCUGAGAUGUUUAGGCCACUCCAAUGUGGAGUUCAUUCCUCAUCAGAUAUUUGAUGCAGCACCAUUCCUCAAAUAUCUACUCUAUACUCCAACGUACCACUACCUACAUCAUGUUGAGAAGGACUCAAAUUAUUGCCUUUUCAUGCCUCUUUUUGAUGCAUUAGGAAACACAUUGAACAAAAAAUCAUGGGAUGUGCAGAGGAGAAACAGUUUAAACUCAGGUGUAAAUGGGAGGGUUCCAGAUUUUGUAUUCCUUGCACAUAUAGUGGAUAUGUCAUCUGCAAUGCACGCGCCGUUUCUGGUCCGAUCAAUGGCCUCGUUGCCCUUCUACACAAGACUAUAUUUGAUUCCAUUAUGGCCCAUCUCUUUCGCGGUGAUGUUCCUGAUGUGGGCUAAAUCUAAGACUUUCUUGGUCUCUUUCUACUACCUAAGGAACCAGCUGCACCAGACGUGGGUUGUUCCCCGGUUUGGUUUUCAGUAUUUCUUGCCAUUUGCAGCAAAAGGCAUCAAUAGACAAAUAGAAGAGGCUAUUCUUCGAGCUGACAAAUUGGGAGUUAAAGUCAUUAGCCUUGCUGCUUUGAAUAAGAAUGAGGCUCUAAACGGAGGCGGAACAAUCUUUGUGAACAAACAUCCGAACCUUAAAGUCCGCGUGGUGCACGGGAACACUUUGACAGCAGCUGUGAUUCUUCAUGAGCUCCCUCAAGAUGUAACCGAGGUGUUCUUAACUGGAGCCACUUCGAAACUGGGAAGAGCUAUUGCUCUUUACCUUUGCAGAAAAGGAGUUCGAGUUCUAAUGCUGACUCUAUCAACAGAGAGAUUCCGAAAGAUCCAGAAAGAAGCACCAGGUGAUUGCCAGAAGUACCUUGUCCAAGUAACUAAGUAUCAAGCUGCACAAAACUGCAAGACAUGGAUAGUAGGAAAAUGGAUCACACAUUGGGAGCAAAGAUUCGCCCCGGCUGGAGCUCACUUCCAUCAGUUUGUGGUUCCAGCUACAAAGCCAUACAGAAGGGACUGCACUUAUGGCACUCUUGCAGCCUUGAGGCUACCCGAAGACGUGCUAGGGCUGGGGUCGUGUGAGUACUCAAUGGACAGAGGGAUUGUGCAUGCUUGCCAUGCAGGUGGAGUGGUUCAUUUCCUGGAAGGAUGGACUCACAACGAAGUGGGAGCCAUAGACGUUGACCGGAUUGACUUUGUGUGGGAGGCUGCAAUGAAGCAUGGUUUUAAGCUCGUCUCAGAUAAUGCCACCAAAUACAAGGAUUAAUUUAGACACUAGCUACUACACCAAUUCAAAUAUGUAUACUAAGAAACACCAUUUUCUUCUUGCCUUGACAUCAUCAUCGCUUUCUAACAAUUAUUUUGAUCGCCAAAAUGUAACAUUUGUUUGCAUUGUAUCAUCAGUUGAGUUAAUCAAGAUUCUGUUGUUGGA